CAGGUUGCCAGGACCAUCGGACUGCGUGAGAUGUGGUACUUUGGGCUUCAGUUUGUCGACUCCAAAGGAUUCAUCACCUGGCUGAACUCUGAGAAGAAGGUGAUGGUCCAGGAUGUGAGGAAGGAGACUCCCCUGCUGUUCAAGCUGAGGGCCAAGUUUUACCCAGAGGACGUGACCGAGGAGCUGAUCCAGGACGUCACCCGCAGGCUUUUCUUCUUGCAGGUGAAGGAGGACGUUCUGGGGGAGGAGAUCUACUGCCCUCCAGAGUCCGCUGUGCUGCUGGCCUCUUACGCCGUCCAGUCCAAGUACGGAGAGCAGGACAAGUCGGCGCUUAAGCCCGGCUACCUGUCCUCCGAGCGCCUGCUGCCCAAGAGAGUGCUGGAACAACACAAGCUGUCCAAGGAGCAGUGGGAGGAGAGGAUCCAGGUUUGGCACGAGGAGCACAGAUUGAUGCUGAAGGAAGAGUCCAUGAUUGAGUACCUGAAGAUCGCUCAGGACCUGGAAAUGUACGGCGUCAACUACUUUGAGAUCAAGAACAAGAACGGCUCAGACCUGUGGCUGGGAGUCGACGCUCUGGGACUGAACAUCUAUGAGAAGGACGACAAACUUUCUCCAAAGAUUGGAUUCCCCUGGAGUGAAAUAAGAAGAAUUUCUUUCAACGAGAAGAAAUUCAUCAUCAAGCCCAUAGAUAAGAAAGCUCCUGAUUUUCUGUUCUACGCUCCACGACUGCGAGUCAACAAGCGCAUCCUGCAGCUGUGCAUGGGCAACCAUGAGCUGUACAUGCGCCGCCGCAAGACCGACACCAUCGAGGUUCAGCAGAUGAAGGCUCAGGCCAAAGAGGAGAGGCUGCACAAGAAGAUGGAGAGGGAUCAGCUGGAGAGUGAGAAGAAGAAGAGGGCGGCCAUGGAGAAAGAGAAGGACGAGAUGGAGAGAGAGAAGCAGGCGCUGAUGAUGAAGCUCUACCAGUUUGAAGAGACAACCAAGAGAGCAGAGAGAGAGCUUCAGGAGCAGCUGGACAGGGCCAUGAGGCUGGAGGAGGAGAGGAGGAGGGUGGAGCAGGAGGCGGCCCGGCUGGAGGCUGAGAGGAUGGAGGCCAUAAUAGCCAAGGAGGAGUUGGUCAGGCAAGCUGAGGACCAGAUAAAGAGCCAGGAGCAGCUGCUGAAGGGUAAGUGUGUGUAUGAUGUGAAGACGAUAGUGCAGAGCAUCACACAAGGAGCCAGAAAUGAGCUGGAGAGGCUUCGCGCCAUCUGGGUCUGGCUGUGCGACAACAUCGAGUACGAUGUGAGCGGGUACCUCGGCCGCUCAAAGAUGCUGUGCUCUCCGGAGGAGGUGAUAGCUGCAGGUCGGGGCGUGUGCUGUGGCUACUCCAGCCUCUGUAGAGAGAUGUGCAGAGCGGUGGGCAUUGAGUGCCAAGAAGUGCCGGGCCACAGUAAGGGCGUCGGGUACCUUCAGGGCCAGAGCCUCAAGAAUGUGAAAUCCGACCACAUGUGGAACUCUGUGCUUCUGGGAGGACAGUGGUUCCUAUUGGACGCCUGCUGGGGAGCCGGACAUACAGAUAUGCAACACGAAAGCUUCAUCAAAAGGUUAGACGAUUUCUAUUUCCUGACGGACCCAGAGGAGUUCAUAGAAUCACACUUCCCCGAUGAGGAGAAGUGGCAGCUCCUGGACCCGCCCAUCCCCCUGGAGGAGUUCGAGAGGAGGGUCCUCAAGACCUCAGACUUCUUCACCAUGGGGCUCCGGCUGAUUCAGCCUCACCACUUCCACAUCGUCACAGAUGAUGGCGAGGCAAACGUGUCCCUGAGCUUCUCCAGGCCAGCGACUUUUACCUAUAAGAUCACACAGCACCAGGACCUUCUACAUCGUGGAGCUCCAAAGCAGAAAGACUACAGCAACUCCUCCUUCGGCCUCAUGACGGUUUCCCAUCGGAGCAUGAAUCUGCAGCUGCUGCCGCCCGCGAGCGGCGUGUACGACGUCGAGGUGUUUGCCGGGCCUUUGGCCACCACGUCUCUGAGUUUGGUCUGCUCCUUCAGGGUGGAGUGUCCGAUCCCCAGGGCCAUGGAGGAGAUCCCAGAGAACCCUUCCAUGUGUUGGGGCCUGCAGCCCGUUGCCGAAUCUCUGGGCAUCGCGGGCAGCAGCCAGGGCAGCAGCCAGGGCAGCAAGGCCGCCGAGGCGGUAGAAGGCGUCUUCGAGUUGGCGUUGAAGACGUCCAGGCCUCUGAUGGUGGUGUGUGAGCUGGUCCACCCAGGGCUGAAAGCUGCUGUGGCCAAGCGCUGCCUGGCUACACAGAUCCAACCGGAUGUCCUGACCUGCCACGUCCUGUGCCCCCUGCGCGGCUUCUACCGGCUGUCGGUGUUUGUGCGAGACUACGAGAAAACAGAAGACGAGCUCCAGAACGCUGGAAACUUCCUGUUGCACUGCAAAGGGAAGGUGGUCGGACCGGAUGAGCUCUACCCUCCUAACCUGAGCUCGGAGUGCGGGCCAGGGACCCGCACGUUAGAGGCGGGGCUGUCCAAAUUCAGCCACACGACAGCGCUGGUGAGCACCCAGCAGGGCAAGUGGAACGUCACCUUCCACAACCAGCGGGACCUCGAGAUUCACACUGUGCUCAGCAGAGAGGAGAACAAACCGGCAGCCAUCCCGCUGUCACGGCGGCUCUUUUGCACGUACACGGACAGCAAGGUGACGGUGAGCGUCAGCCUGCCCGACGCCGGGGUGUAUCGGCUGGGCCUGUACGCCAAAAUCACCCCUGGUAGAACUUUCAGCCCCAUGUGUGACUUUGUUCUGAAAAACAGCUGCGAUCAGCCGGGGCCUCCGUUCCCCGGCUUCGACUCCGCCUGGAGGAAAGGUUGCAUGCUCUUUGAGCCUCUCGUGGGGCUGCUGGAGCCCCUGGCGUGGGUCCGCUUCAGGGUGAGGGUCCCCGGGGCCCAGAGGGUCGUGACCAUGAUAGGAGAGACGUGGACUGAUCUGAAACUGAAUAAGAGCAGAGUCUGGGAGGGCGAGGUCUUCAGUGGAAACGGUCUCCAACCUCUGACACUGGCCGCCGCCGCCUCGGGAGACUCCAGUCACGUGGAUGUUUUAUUGACCUUUGACAUCAAGCAGCUGGAGGGUAAAGUGUGAUGGUUCUCUGAACACAGCUGCGUAAUAAAGUUAUUGAUACGGAUUUAUGUAAAUCACAUCCAAACUGUGAGCCACAAUCAUUCAGGUUUAACUGCAUCAACACAAUAUGUUGCUGUGAAUGUGUCAAUUUGUAGCAAUGAAGUGAUAAAAAUGCAAUACCAAACUUACCUGGCAAUUGUUUGGGAUUUUUUUGAAAGCUAUUAUUUGAUCCAGGUAGUAUUCAGUGGUGCUCAGCAGUGAUGUCAUACAGAUAGAGUGCAUUUGUGCAUUAUUAUGAUGUUUUAAGAAAUAAACCUGCAUUAUGAAAUGAUGGUUGUCAAAAAAGCAAUAAACAUAUACUGUGA